GAAAUUUUUAGAGUAGACGUUUGUUUGCAGUAACACACACUGUAAAUUAAAAUCAGUUGAAGUUUUCAAUUUUUGCAAGAAUUCGUUUUGCUGCCUGUGGCCGCAGAAGGCUCCAGUAAAGAGUCCGCUAAGUAGUGCAGCAAGUUCGUAACAAGUUGUAGCUGAAUUCAUCUGAAUUCAGUGUAGUUACACUCAUAAUUAGCAUAUUGUAUACUAGUUUUUUGCCGAGUAGCCCUCGUCCAACAAAACCAGAAGGAGCUGUAACAUAACCUUAAAUGUAGUACACAGGAAGCCAAGAGGGCGCUUCCGUCGGCGGCGUCAGCAGUUACAACCGGGAAGAAGAUGUUUUUCGACCAACUACCGCCAGCGAAGAGACGUCGCAAGGGCAGCUUUGCCAAUGUGCCGGCCUCGACGCCGAAGCGAUUUUUUUUCGCCUUGAUGCCCUCACGGUGGUCCAACAUUAUACAACCAUCGCGGCUAGUACAACGAGUUCUAGUACAACUUCUGCCGCUCGUCCCCUUACUUCUUCUGCAGAACAUUCAUGUCGCUGCCUACACAACGAAGGAACAUCGUUCUUGGGACUACACGAACUGGACCAUUAGCGACCGCGUCGAGGUCUUUUCGACGGACCAGUUUCCGCAGUACAGCUGCUACAAAAUCCCCUACCUCUUCCAAACGCUGAACGGGACCAUACUGGCCUUCGCGGAGGCCCGCGGGCUAUGGAUUGCAAAAAUGUCUGGGUCUGGAAGAUUUCUAGAUUUGUCAUGCAUAUUUUCCAUGACCAGCGUAACGAUACGAUGUCUGUGAUGCAUGCUGUAGCAUCACAGAGUUUUAGAGCGCUCUGUGAUACCUCUACCGCAUGAGAAACGAGCCCUCCGCGUAGCACAAACUGGAGUCCUCUUGCUGGUCAUGCAAUACAAAUUUUUUCAGAAUCCAGAGACAGCAUUACAAGUUUAGAAUGUUCCAGACUCGGACACUUUUGCAUUUGAUACGGGCCGACGGACGACAAAUCUUCGAUCGGAAACUGCAUGGACUGGGACAUCACGGACGUGGUCCUGCGCAAGUCGUACGACGGGGGCCAUACCUGGUCCCCAAUGACCACGCUGCUGCUAUCACGAGAAAAAAGUGUUACAGUUACACAUUUGUUGGAGUUUCUGCAUCACAAAUUUUCUUCGUACGGCAGAGAAAACUUGUAAUGUGAAGAUCAUAAGGGAAAACAGGAAGGAAACGAGGCUCCCAAGCAUUUCCUGCGCAAGAAAGGUCGUCUGUGUUGCCGGUCUUGCAGCGCAAUGUGUCAUUGUAACACUUUUUUCUUGCGAUAGCUCCGCGGCCGGUACGACUGGCACUUCGUGGUCGGGAACCUCGUAUCAAAUGCAAAUAUGUCUGGGUCUGGAAGAUGAUUGCCAGGUUUGUCAUGCAUAUUUUGCAUGACCACCCAUGAUCAUGAUGCCUGUAAUGCAUAGUCUAGCAUUACAGAUUUUUAGAGGUUCCUGAUGCGUAUCCCGCAUGAGAAAUGCCCUCUCCGCGUAACACAAACUGGACUUCUCUUCCUGGUCAUGCAAUACAGAUUUAUUGUAGAAUCCAGAUCCAGCAUCACAAGUUGCAUUCAUUCUUCCAGACCCAGACAUAUUUGCAAUGCAUACGUCGCUCCGGUGCAGGACGAGUUCUCGGGCCGGAUCCUCCUCCCCUUCACCCGGGGCAACUCCCGCAUAUGAAAGCCUCAGAAUGGAAAUCCUCAAAGUGGAACUAAUUUGUGAUGCAUGAAAUGCAAGGCAAAAAAGACUGUAUUGCAAAGGACACAAGGGGGACCGACUAUUGUCCUGCUAGGGGUGAAGAAUUGGAGUGCUGCUUAGCACGAGAGAAGGGCACCCCUUUGUCUUAACCUGCAUGACAGACAUGCUUUAAGGGCCCGGGAAAUUUGUCAUGCGCCGACUACAAAUGGCGUCUGAACUGGAAUCGUUUUUUUGCACGACAUAUUAUUUCCAUUUUGAGGAUUUCCAACCUGAGGCUUUCAUACCGCAUGUGGCUCACCUUCAGCGACAGCCAAGGCGAGAGCUGGGCGGACCCGUAUAGGUUGAAUUACGAGGGGUUUUGGUGGACCUGGGUGGGGUUCGGGCCCCCCGCGGGGCUGCAGAUGAGCUACAGCAAGCUGUACCGGGGCCGGCUGAUCAUUCCGGGCUACUUUUCCGACUCGCCUGUGUUUGACCUCACCGCCAUUUUUGCCAGCUCGGCGUUUUUGUUGAUUUCCGACGACGGCGGGGCGAACUGGGAGCGGGUAAUUGUUUCAAACGGCAACCAGGUAUAAAAGUGCACAACUCCCCCUCCCCCUCAUUUGUCAUGCAAAAUCCACAAUCCACGCCUUACCUCUUCUUGGCACUGUUUGCAUGACAAAUUCAUCUGGCGGCCCAAAUAGCACUUCAAUCCUGUGCAAAUUUGUCAUGCAAAACCUGCAGUCUAGCUGACGCUUGUAUUGCUGUUCAUGCCCAACGAAUGAGGGGGAGGGGGAGUUGUGCACUCUCAUACCAGGAGCUGAUCCCCGGUAUCGCGGGCAACGAGGACCAGGUCACCGAGAUGUGUAUCAAAUGCAAAAAUGUCUGGGUCUGGAAGAAUGCAACUUGUGAUGCUGCAUUUGGAUGUCUAAAAAAUUUGUGUUGCAUGAGCAGCAAAAGGAGGCUAAUUUCUGCUACGCGGAGAGGGCAUUUGUCAUGCGGAAUAGGCAUCAAGAAUCCCUCAAAAAACCUGUGAUGCUAGUGCAUGCAUCACAGACAUCAUGGCUCAUGCAAACCGUGCAUGACAGGUCUCAAAAUCUUCCAGACCCAGACCUUUUUGCAUUUGAUAAUGUGCGACGGAUCCUUACUGCUGAACAUGCGGACCUGGAUCGGUGACCGCGUGCAGUCCUGGAGCUACGACGGGGGAAAAAGCUGGAGCGUCGUCGAGCGCACGGCGCUGCCGAACCCGUUUCAGGGGUGCCAGGGGUCGGUGGUGAGUUUAAAUAAACACGUCCAGCUGUAUUCGGGCUUGGGGCUAUGCAUUGCAAAUAAAAAUGUAUCGUACUAGCGUACUAAUUGCAGACAUGCAUGUUGACAAAUCGCCUUCCUUAGCUAAAACAGCAUACAGAUUUUAUUUAUCAUGCUAGUGAAUGCAAUUUACACUAGUGCGAUGUAGUGGCUUUUGCCUUUCAUAGUUGCCGCCGGAAAGCGACUGGGACGCCGUUCGGAAGGAUCUGAAGCUGUGGACCAGUGAAGACGGCGGGAGAAAUUGGGUGGAGAGAAUGGUAUAGAUACUUAAAGUACGCUUGAUGAAUGUUAUUGCACGCUUCUUGAUAACGGUUCGAUAUCGAUACUAGAUGUGGAUGAUAAAGUGUUCGAAGAUGAUGAUCCUACAAGAGAUGAAAUAAAUUCGAAAACUACAAACUCCUACCACAGAUCAUCCACGAGGGCGGUGCAUCGUAUUCCGCUCUCUGGCGUCUGCUGGACGGGCGGAUUGCGGUGAUCUAUGAGAUUGGGAACCUGUCGCCAAUUUUCAUCCCUUUGAACAUCUACGUGAAGAUCCUGCCCCCGUUGGAUGAAUUUCUCUUCCCCGCCGGAGGUGCAACUGUCCUUCCCGACUACUCAUAUGCAUUGCAAAUAUGUCUGGGUCUGGAAACUUGUGAUGCCAAGUGGUGACGACUGAGCACACUCCUGAGUGCAGUCAAGCAUGACACAUUUUCAGGACGCCUUCUCAUGUGUAAUGCGCAUGAGAAACUGCGCUUUUGCAUGACAAAGAAUUCGCGCUUUUGUGGGGCCGCACGCAAUACAGAUUUUACAGGAGUGGUAGUGGAAGACACGCAUUACAGAUUCCAAUUUUUCCAGACCCAGACAUUUUUGCACUCGAUAACCCCCCCGCCGACACAACCUCCUUCGCCUCCAUGGGCUGCGCCGCUUCGUUAUGAAAUGCAAAAGCAUCGUACUAGUAUAAAUUGCAUUACAAAUUAGCUCAGCACUACAAAUAAAAUUUGUAAAUGCUGUUUUACCUUAGGAAAGAGAUUUGUCAUGCCGAACAGCAAUUACUACGAGUACGAUACUUUUGCAGAGCAUAUUCGUCUCCUCGGACUGCGUACCGCACCGAGCCGCGCAGGUUCUGGCACAUCGACGGCACGGACGCGUUUGUCCCGGUGUCCAGCACCGGGGUGCAGUACCAACAGCAGGCUGUUCUAGUACCUUCCGGAACGGGAACGACUAGUAGUACAAACGCGACGUUGUCUGCAAUGAUAAACAGUGACUACCCGACCACCUGGCGGCCGUUUCAGGUGCACAGUAUGGAUUGGCAGCAGCGACAGAAGUCCCGGUUUGAUUCCAGCAGCUUCAUGUUUUCCUUCACGUGGUGGGUGGUCAUGUUGCUGCUGAGCAUCACCUUUGUGCUCAGCUUGCCUCUCCUCUUCCUCAGUUCGAUGUGCUGCUGCUUGCCGACGUGUCGGCAAAGAAGAAGCAGUGAAUUUUUGAUCGUAGCCGGCGGCUGUGAGGGGAACUGUGCGGCGAUUGGGGGGAACUUGCGGGAGAAGCUGGCUUCUCUAAAGCGUACUGCGGCCACUGCGAGGGACACAAAUUCGAUGAAACAAGUCGUGGAACAAGAAGAUGAACCACUCCAGUGCGCCGAAGAUUCAUCGACAGCUGCGGGAACCACCAGAGCCAAACCGGAAAGAAAUACCGGAGAUACAACUAGCGCCACUGUCAAUAUGGUUGACCCCCGUCGCGAAGAACAAGUCGAACUGGCGAAUCGGAAAAUAAAUCUUCCGGCGGGAAGAUCAUGCUCGUCCUCGUGCACGACGACGACUGAUGUCGAAAAUAUUAAAGGACUACAACAGCAGCUGCAAGAUGAACGGAGUUCCUGCAAAAAUAAAAGACAAAUGAAAGAACAUGAACAUGAUCGUCAACAACGACAACGUCAACACGAUAUUAUGAUGAAGGAGGACGCAAAGUGGUCUACUUCACCUACUACACAGCCGGUGAACAUGGGUGAGAACCAAAACCAUGAAGGUAGUUUCAAAACACUGCUUGAAGUAGAACAAGAAGCAUCAAGCUGCUUGAAGACCGAAAAUGCCAAAGACUUUGGCGCCCUCUACCUCGCCGACAAGGAGCUGCAGGCUGGUGAGCAGGAGAAGCAAAUGCGGAUGCCAUGCAAAGAGUCCGAUCUCGUCCUCGGCGAAUCAGAAUCAGUUUCGAUCACCUCGGUGAAUUUCACGGACGCCAACAGCACUGCGACGCCAGUUGACCAGGAGACGGAUCAGACCUCCAAAACGGAUUUGAAUACAAUUUUCGUACCACCCGCUGGCGUGACGAAGGAUGUUGACGAUGAGAAUGGUCUACAGCUUCAGAAGUACUACUCCGCUACUUCAACUUCCCCAGGGGACGAAAAGAACCCCGACGAGAGGUUGAGUGCAGCUACUUCUGUAGUUGCUGUUCUGAAAAACUUGAGCCGGUGGUUCCGCGACAACCAAAACCAGCAGCAGUACCUGCUUCCCCUUUUGCAGCUUCUCAACAGUCUGUGGUUCGGGUUUUGGGCCUGUGGCGCGCUCUAUGACAGUGCACAACUCCCCCUCGUUCUCAUUUCUCAUGCAAAAUACCAAAUCCACGCUUUCCCUCCUGUCACUAUUAUGCAUGACAAGUUCUGGCAGCCCAAACAGAACUACACUCCAGCGCAAAUUUGUCAUGCAAAACCGGUACUUUUGCUGGACUGGUGCUUGUAUUGCCGUUCACGCUAUACAAAUGAGGGGGAGGGGGAGUUGUGCAUUCUCAUACGCUCCUCGCCGUCUUCUUCUCGCACGACGACCCGAUCCGCUGGCUUUUCCAGACCAACUGGAGCCUUUUCGGCAUGGCGUUUUCGGUCGUCUUGUGCUUGUUGAAAAUGCAGUUCUUCGCCGAGUUAGGAAAUUUAAAACAGCAGAUACUGCAGCGGCCGAGCUUGGAGUUGGGGCUGUUAGGGAUUUUCUUGCUCGUGCUUACCGGGGUAUUGUCGAAGACGCUUUGAUAGUGCAACAUUUAUUAAAAUCUAAUCACUUUCUCGUCCUGGUAGUUCUUGUUCUGCCCGGCGAAUAAACCCAGGGUUAGUACUAGUGCUGCAGAAUGUGUCUGGUGGUAUUGUCAACUGAAAUUUUAAAGCAAAAAAGACAAGUACCCGAUGCGGGAACUUGUAUUUAUUCGAAAUUUUGUUUGCAAACGAAAAAAGGAAUUUUUCAAAUAAUUUUUUGUACAAUUUGGGUUUGAUUGAAGAUUAUGAGUUUACCUUUGUAGUUUCAGAAGACGCUGCUUCCUGCGCAGGGCACAGGGUGCACCAGGUAUGGCGUUGUCUCGAUGCGCUUCAUUUGUAGCACUUACAUGUACAAAAUGCGUUGUGGUCACUACAAAUGCUCUACUUGCUGUACUACACAACACGGCAUUGAAGAUGUGUCGAAUUAUGCAAAUAGACGUAGAACAAGGACAAGCACAAAAGGAUACACC